GGUUUCGAUUCAGCAUGGGAAGCGCUUCGAGACCGUUUCGAAAAUAAGAGACUGCUAGUAAAUAGCCAACGCAAACUCCUUUUUAAUUUGGGUUCCGUAAAUCCCGAAUCUGGCCAGGCACUGAAAGACCUACAGAGCACAAUCCAAGGGUGUUUGGUAGCGCUGGCUCAUUCAAACAUUUUCACAGAGAACUGGGACUGUCUCCUGGUAUUCCUGUGCGCCAGUAGAUUGCCGAAAAUGACCCUUUCCUUAUGGGAGCAGUCCCUUUCAUCCAAAUCCGACAUUCCGACCUGGGAUGAAAUGAACACAUUUCUUAGCGAACGAUACCGAACACUAGAGGCGAUUGAGGAUAUGAAACCCCGCCACAGCAAUCACUCUAACGCUAAGAGUCAACCCGUUCCCAGGAAGCUCAACUCCUUCGAAGCCAAGGUAGUUACUAAACCAAAGAAUUGCGAUCUGUGCUCAAAAGAGAGUCAUCCAGUGCGCCUAUGCCAGCGUUUUCUCCAGAUGUCUGUGGAUGCGCGAACAAUCUACAUCAAAAAAAAGCAGCUUUGCCUAAAUUGUUUCGCAAGAGGACACCAGCUACGUGACUGUACUAGCACUCACAGCUGUUUCACAUGCCGAGGUCGGCAUCAUACACUGUUGCAUAAAGGCAACCCCAUUUCCCGUGGGUCAACUCCCGCAAUUAGUUCCUCUGCAAGCCCUCAAAAUCCAGCGGUGCAAGGGGCCGCCAACGGUCUAGAAAAUCCGCUCAGUGUGCAGAACUAUUUCGCAACCGGUGCUAGAGCGGUUUUGCUAGGCACGGCCAUUAUUGAUAUAUGCCACUUGGGAACGAACUACAGGGCUCGUGCUCUAAUAGACUCGGGUUCUGAAGCAACGUUUAUUUCGGAACGGCUGUUCAAUCUGAUUAAGCUGCCAUUCCGCCUUAUCCAAGCCCAAGUUUCGGGCUUAAAUCAAACCGUUUCCGCUCAGGCGACCAGGCUCUGCCAUUUUUCUAUUGGAGCCCCUAAUAAGCCAGGCCCUCAGCUAGAAACCACAGCUUACGCUUUGCCCGAGCUGACUGGAAUGCUUCCGCCGUACCCGAUUCCACGAGAUGCGCUGGUUGAUUUACCGGCCAUCCCUCUGGCAGAUCCAAAAUUUUUAGGGAGUUCACAGAUAGAUGUUCUGAUCGGGGCCGACAUCUUACCGUUCGUGUUGCUGAGCGGCACGCGCACCAUCAUUUGCGGCUCUCUGCUAGGACAGGAAACUAUCUUCGGCUGGGUGCUUACCGGCCCAGUGUCCAACGCAUCAGUCCAAAAGCGGGUAGCAGCUUUCACGACCCAGAUAACAGAAACGAGUGACAGGGUCUUAGAAAAACUUCUCACUAAGUUUUGGGAGGUGGAGAAUAUACCAACAAAGUGGGUAAAGGAAUUCGAUUCCUAUUGCGAGAGCAAUUUUCUCCAAACCACCACUAGAGACGCAAGCGGGAAAUACGUGGUAACGUUACCGUUUCGCGAACCCGAAAAUUUCGGAUCCAAAUUGGGGCACUCGCGAUCCAUUGCCCUAGCUCAGCUUCUUAGGAACGAAAACCGUUUGAAAAGAGACUUUCCACUAAAAGAGCAAUAUGACUCAGUCAUUCAAGAGUAUUUGGAUCUGGGCCACAUGAGAGAAGUUCCCCCGUCUUACAAUACUCCAAACUAUUAUCUUCCACACCAUGCUGUGAUCAAACCCGAGAGCACCACCACCAAACUUCGCGUGGUAUUCAAUGCUUCUAGCCCUUCAGCAAAUGGGACGAGUUUGAACGAUAUUCUUCAUGCUGGUCCAGUCCUACAAUCUGAUUUCCAGUACGUGUUCAGUGCAGACAUUACAAAAAUGUACUGUCAAAUCUGGGUCGAUCCCAAGCACACGCCGAUCCAAAGGAUUUUAUUCCGGAAUAAAGAAGGACAAGUAAGCGAUUUCGAGCUAAAAACCGUCACCUUUGGUGUCACCGUUUCUGGCACUUCGCGUACUCCAACAAUUGGCAGACGACGUAGAAACGGAGUUUCCUAA